AUGGAAGCUCUCUCUACUUCAGCAUACAUAUCCAAUUUGCCGCAGGCAAAGCCUCUCCUCAAAUCUUCGCUGCUACCCGCUUCAUCCCAGCCUUCGUGCUGGUUGUGUAAUUCGCCAGCCGCUAAGCGAAUCCCCAAGCUGAGAAUCAGGGACGGAUCAAGUCAUGGGCUUCGGAUACAAGCUCUCUUGCAUAACGAGACGCCAAGUGAAGGUGAAGAUAACAUCGCCGAAAGUAGUGGGUUUGGCUUUUUUCCUGGGGAUAUCUUCUCUUUAUCACAGGAAAAGCUUGAGAGUAAUCUCAACGGUGAAUCUUCUCAUAGUGUAAUAGACGUGGAGUCGUCUCUUGCACUUCCUCAGGGUGCUGGGGGAAAUCGUGCAGGGCUUUUCAGAACCCCAAUAUCUGGUGGGGUUCAAAAUGCAACAUCAGCUCAUGCGUUACCUCGUCCUGCUUUAGCUGUACGGAACUUGCUUGAACAGGCUAGGUUUGCUCAUCUAUGCACAGUGAUGUCUAAAAUGCACCAUCGUAGGGAAGGGUACCCAUUUGGCUCUUUGGUUGAUUUUGCACCUGAUCGCAUGGGGCAUCCAAUAUUUUUAUUUUCACCGUUGGCCAUCCACACACGGAAUCUCCUGGCUGAACCUAGAUGCAGUCUCGUUGUUCAGAUACCUGGAUGGAGUGGCUUAUCGAAUGCAAGAGUGACAUUAUUUGGUGAUGUGUACCCAUUGUCCGAAGAUGAACAGGAGUAUGAGGCUUUACAGCCAGAUAAGAUAGCUGUUGAUGGUGGUGAGCACAACCUCAAGGAACUAAAUGCCAUCUUCUCGAAGCCGCUUAGGGAGUUACUGUCCACUGUGUCAGAGGUAGACGACGCUGCUCUCAUUUCUAUAGAUAGCAAAGGGAUAGAUGUACGGGUUCGUCAAGGUGCUCAGUUCAGCAUACAAAGGCUAGCGUUUGAGGAAGGUCAUGGUGUUGAAACGCUAGAAGAAGCUAAAUCUGCACUAUGGAAAGUGAUAGAGAAGGUGAAACUGAACUAUUUCCAGAAAUGA